AUGGCUGCGGACGAAGUGAAGUCGAAGAAGGUUGACAGUCCCGCAAAGAAGGACAAGAAAGACAAGAAAGACAAGAAGGAAAAGAAGGAAAAGAAGGAAAAAAAGAGCGAGCUGAGCAAUGAAGAGAUCGCUGAUGUUUCGAUGGACGUGACCCGGGAAGAAGCAGCAGAGGCAGAUGCAUACCUGCUGAGCCCAAUUGCAUCUCCCCUUGCAUCUGAGCAUUUGGCAAAGAAGGUAUUUAAGACCGUCAAGAAGGCGUCCAAAUCGCGCGGCCACGUGAAGCGCGGCGUGAAGGAAGUAGUCAAGGCAAUCCGCAAAGGCGAGAAAGGUGUCGUUGUGCUUGCAGGCGAUAUUUCUCCCAUCGAUAUCAUGUCCGCGAUUCCAGUGCUGUGCGAGGAUACAAAGAACCCCUACGUGUACGUCGCAUCGAAAGACCAGCUCGGCAACGCUUCUAGCACCAAGCGCCCGACUAGCUGCGUGAUGAUUGUUCCUGGAGGUGGCAAGAAGGCGAUUGAACGAGGCGAGACCAAGGUCAAUGAAAACUACCAGGAGGAAUACAGCUACCUGCACAAGGAGGCGUCGCGCCUCGUCGCAGAUCUGCUCUUGUCCAUCGGCUAA